UAAUUCCUGUGAGAUUUACCUUGUGUUUAUCACCCAUACUUUACACUGUUGGAAUGUGGGUUUCUGAAACCAUAAAAUAUAUUUACAGAUGAUUUUAAAAUGUGUUUUCUCCUGUAAAUGUUAGAUAUUGUCACUGUUGUUUUUUCUUUUUUUAGUUGUCUAGUUUCAGAGUUCUAUCUGGCCUGUUUUUUUUCUAUCUGUAUUUGGUUUAAAACAUUUUGUUUGCUAGGACUCUAUCCUCAAGGGACAUGCAUGCUAUAUUCUGUACUUAGCCAAGAAUCUUACUCUAGUAUCGAGCCAAGGUCAAAAAAGCCAAACACAGCAUUGGAACUGUAUUUAUAGAGAAUCCUUUCCACCCCAGGUUCUUUUUUUCUCCUAAAGCCCCAGCUUCCCAUCCAUCCACCAACCUGGUCAUUAAGCACAUGUUUGAACACCACUGUGAGCUAGGCCCUGGCAGGUCCUGGGCUUCCUAAUCUCUGCCCUCGUUGAGCUUACAUUCUGUUUGGUGAGUGGAAGGAGGUGGCAGUGUGGGUAUGAGACUUCUUCCUCUUCCUGAGUCGGUCCAGGCUUCAUAAUCCCCAGGGGAACAUUUCUGUUGAGUCCUGUGAGCAGGAGGACCAGGUGACAGUUGGCAGGUUGGAGUGGUCCCUCAAGUUCCAUACCUCCUCAUGCAGGUAGAGGGCCCUCGUGCAGGUGAAGAGGGCCAGGCUACCCCAUUCCUCACUGUAGGAGGUCACAGCCCAUGCUGCCAAUGCCUCCUCAGGGAGAAAUGGAUUCGUCAUUGCUCCCAGCAGCGCCUCUUCCCUCACUUUGGGCACAGCCUGUGAGAAAUCUGUGUUCAGGCUCCACCCACACUUGCUGGACCAGAAUUUCUGGGGCUGGGCCCAAGUCCGGGUGAUUGUGGUGGGCAGAUGAAGGUGACAAGCAGGAGCACCCUGUGGGGAGCAACUCGUGUCUAUUGCCUGCUAUGAAGCACCAGUGUGUUCUGCCUCUUUUGUGUGUUCAUUCAGUGCACUCUCCCUCUCGGCUGCUCUGGGCUGGGCGCCCAGCACAUCCUCCUACUCAGAACCAGUAACUGGGCUCCUGUUCCCCCUUCCUUGGAAAUUGUUUCGUUCCCUGCCUGUGUAGCCUCGGUGCCUUUUAAACUACCACUAUGUGAUGGAAGUAUGAGGUGCAGAGGAGCUUUUGGGCUCGAUGUUGGGGCUGAUAGGGAUUCCCCAUACUGCUCUGAGCUGCAGCACCAUAUAAGGAGGUUCUGGAGGGUGCUGGAGCUGGGCCAGAGGAAGCAGCCUGGCAAAGGAGGCAGGGCUCUACUGGGUGGUGCUAGGGCUGCCGAAGAGAAGGUGCCUGAGAGGUGUGGAGGUGGCUGUUGUGCCACCGCAUGGCAGGCCGGGCUGAGGCGUGUGGAGCAGCAGCACUCCGUGUGUCAGAGUGGAGGAAUGUUGGAGCUUGAAGAAAUCCGCAAAUGUGGAAUGAAAAACUUCCGUAACAUCCAGGUUGAUGAAGCUAAUUUAUUGACUUGGCAAGGGCUUAUUGUUCCUGACAACCCUCCGUAUGAUAAGGGGGCCUUCAGAAUCGAAAUCAACUUUCCAGCAGAGUACCCAUUCAAACCACCGAAGAUCACAUUUAAAACAAAGAUCUAUCACCCGAACAUCGAUGAAAAGGGGCAGGUCUGUCUCCCAGUAAUUAGUGCUGAAAACUGGAAGCCAGCAACCAAAACCGACCAAGGUGCAUGGAGAGUAUGGCUGAGGUCCCACCAGUCCCUAUGGGAACUCAUCUCAGCUGAACUUUUGACCUGCACAGGGAUUGAGGAGGUCCUGUGUUUCAGUGACUGAGAAAAGCCUUGGAAGGUGAAGUUGAAAGCCUUUCACAAGAAAAAUUGAGCCUCACGUGUUAUAAAUAAUCACCAUUUGACUCCCACACUGAGUAGAAGAAAGCAGUGGGUGCUAAACGUUCAGUCAGGGCAGAAUAGUCUUCAGUGGGCUUCAUACUUGUUUGUGUAUAAGCUGAUGUUUAUAAAAGCUUGACACAGUUCUCAGUGCACAUGGCCUGGUUUUCUUUCUAUACAGAUUCCUAGCACUGUCGAAAACCUAUAGCUGCAUUUGAUCAAGAGUGUUCAUUAAUUCCUGGAGUCCUUGCUGAGUCGUGUCUGUUAAACCAUGCCUGGGAGUGGCAGUCCUUCCAGGCCAGGCUGUCCAGGAAAGCCCUGCACCUCAGGCUCUGGCCAAGAAGAAUUCUGGGACUCCUCCCUUACCUAUAGACUGAGAGGGUGGGGCCAGGGCCAGGGAGGCUCUCAGGAGAUGGAUGCAAGUGCCUUGCAUUUCUCAUGGGGCUGCUGUGCAGAAGGUUGUGGCAGGAUUAUUCACUUUUUUACCUUCCUAUCUAGGUGCAUUGCCAAAAUGCUCUACUUUUUCAGGCUGUCUGCUUCCCCCCCCCCCCAAAGAGCCAAAUAACUUAGGGGCAACUUUUUAUUUUUUUGUAAAAGAUACUAUUGACUUGGGAUUUUUAAGGUAAAAUUUUUGGUAUAGGAGCUAUUCUGUGUGCCAUGAUGGGCAGAACCAGAAUUGCUAUUCUGUGAUUUGGGACAGUUGAGGAUUCCUUCCUAGAACAUUAUUAUAUAGAUUGUUUGUGGCAUGGCCUUGAUUCCAUCCUCACAUACAUCAAGAAUGUUGUUCCUGGCACUUGACAGUCACAUUCCCAUGUUUGUUAUCUUGUUACCGCAUUACAACCCUGUCAAAACUUUGUGGCUUUAAGUAACGCCAGUUUAUUAUUUUUUACCCUGGAGGUUGGCUGGGCUCAGCUGCGUGAUUCUAUAGCUCACCGUUUGUUCCUGGAGUCACUCAUGUAGCUGUAUUGAGGUGGGAGCUCAGCUUGGCUGGGACAUGCUGGCAGGCAUCAUGCACAUGUGUAGGAACGGUAUUAGCUAAGGUACCUUGGUUCUCUUUGUGUUCUUUUAUUCUCCACAAAGCUAGAUUGGACUGCUUCAUAGCAAGGUGGUCUCAGGGUUCCAGGAUGAAGACACAGAACUGGUACAGUGUCACUUCUUCUGGAUUCUUUUGGUCAGGAAAGUCCAGAUUUAAUGAGAGAGAAAAUAGACUUCAGCUCUUGAUAUGGGAGGAGUGGAACUCUGCAGAGGGCAUGCAGGAUGGGAGACAUGAUGGCAGAGGCGAGACAGGCAGGCAAGGACGCUGAGUUCCCUUGCUGGCUCCUCAGGACCAUUUGGGCCUGCUUUUCUCAAAUGGCAGCUCUUCUGGACAUGCCACUCCUCCCACCUGCCCAAUUCUUCAUAUGUUGGGCAUCCGUGUUUCUCUGGUGCUAUUUCCUGACUGCUGUUUGAACCGCCACUGCCCUGCAAAGCUGCCUUUUUAAAUGCCUCACUAUUCCUUCAUUUGUUUCCUAAAUAUGGGAAGUGAAAGUGCCACUUGAGGCCGGGCAUAGUGGCCCAUGCCUGUAAUCCCAACAUUAUGGGAGGCCAAGGCAGGUAGAUUACUUGAGACCAGCCUGGGCAACAUGGUGAAACCCCUUCUAUACAAAAAAAAAAAAGAAGAAGGAAGUCAGGCACAGUGGCUUACACCUAUAAUCCCAGCACUUUUGGGAGGCUGAGGCGGGCGGAUCACCUGAGGUCGGGCGUUCAAGACCAGCCUGACCAACAUGGAGAAAUCCUGUCUCUACUAAAAAUACAAAAUUAGCUGGGUGUGAUAGUGCAUGCUACUCGGGAGGCUGAGGCAGGAGAAUCACUUGAACCCGGGAGGCAGAGGUUGCAGUGAGCCAAGAUCACAUCAUUGUACUCCAGCCUAGACAACGAGUGAAACUUUGUCUAAAAAAUAAAAGGAAGAAGAAGCCACUUGUGCCACCCUCCUGCUGUAAUCUUCCAGUGCUCUUUCUCUGUCCCCAGAGCACUUGCUUAUGAUUUUCGUCUCCUACUCUUGUCCUUAGAAAUGUCAACAUUCCCAGUUAUGACUUCUCUCAGAUCCAGCCUUGAAGUUCUUUGACUUCCUCAAUUCACAAUCUCUAGCUCACUUUAGCCAUCCACAAGUACAGAAAAUUAAGUGUAAUGAAAUAAAUAGUAAUGUGAAAAGAUGCUCGUAUGACCCAGCAAUUCCACUCCUAGCUAUAUCUACCCAAGAGAAAUGAAAACAUGCCCAGUAAAAACUUGCACGCAGAUGUUCAUAGCACUGUUAUUCACAAUGGACAAAAAGUGGAAAGAGCCCAAAUGUCCAUCCAUUGGUGAGUGAAUAAACAAAAUGUGGUAUAUCUCUACAAUGAAAUAUUAUUUAGCCAUAAAAAGCAAUGAAGUACUGUCUCACAGUACAUAAACCCUGAAAAUAUGCUAAAUGAAAGAACCAUCCACAGAAGGCCACAUAUCAUUUGAUUCCACUUGUUGAGCCUCAUUGUUUACAGAGUCUAUGUUUACGAAUUUGCCUACUCGCUAAAGUUUUUUUGUAGCCCCAGAAUCAGUACUCUCUGGACUUGUGGUCAGUCACAGACAUGUGCAUCUGCAGAGCAGCAAAAAAAUUGAAGUACCCCAUGCACGUGUUCCAGCUGAGUGAGGUUGUGUGGUUCAGCAGUGCGAUGCCCUCCCUUCUUGUUUCAGCUUUCUACUGAAGCAAGUUAUCUCUCUAAUGCCACACUUCUUGCAUUUUGUGCUUUUUGUUGAUGAUUUUGCUUUGGUUCCCAAAUGUGGUGCUGAAGUGCUGUCUAGUAUUCCUGAGCACAGGAAGGUCACGAUAUGUCUUCUGGAGAAAAUACAUGUGUUAGAUAAGCUUCAUUUGGGCAUGAAUUACAGUGCUAUUGAAUCAGUGUUACCUAUUAAAUAAGAUGUUUUUAAAUACACAUAAAACAAAGUUAUAUAUAUUAAUCACUUGGC